AUGACGUGGCCGUUUGGGCGCAGGAGCGGAAGAGCCGCUAAAUUAAAAGAGGGCCGCACCGCGGUUGCGGACAGGAGCCGGCCUGUUGCAGAGCAAACCAUCGCGACUCAGGACCACGGCAGCGAUGCCCUGCACCACAGGCCCAGUCAGCGCAGCGGCCGCAGGAGGCGGACGAGUUCGCGCUCCACAACGUCUCUGCACGACGUCGAGAAGAAUCCUUUCGGUGACCCACCGCUCGACCCUGGUCUUGCAAAAGAGGCGCGUCUGCCCAACCCGGCCUCGAGUGUCGAAGACAUUACAGCCCUACCGCGCCAGCAGCACCUCGCCCACAGCCCGCACCUGCGACCCGUCACCCAGGAUUUCAGCGGCGUGCCCUACAACUUCCAAUCUCCCUCCCACACCAGCCUGCGCACGGCACGCGAGCGGGGGAAGCUCCAGCGACCCCAGUCACUGCGCAGGGGUCCUCCCAACGAGACAUCCCUGAUGCGCCGCAAAUCCAGCAAGAGACGGAAGGAGCAUGACCACAUUCGCGAAGAGGAGAUCCGCGCCAUGGCUCUGCCAAUGCCACAAAAACGGCCUGCUGGUAACUCCGGCGGCAUGCUGCGUCGAGACAGCAAAAAGGUCAAGGGUGGUCUCAACGCACGCUUCGAGCGCCCGCAGUCCAACAUCUCGUUGCCACUAGAAGACUCGAUCCAUUCGUCCAUGUCCGGCAACUCCGAACUACGUGCCUUCCGCGUCAGCGCACUCGAUUUCUUCGCUCCACGACCGACCAUCCGCUUCUCCGUCGGCACGCAAUACUACUACAGUGGCGAUCGCUCGUCACCAACUGCUCGCUUAGAAAGAAGCAACUCACGGAAGGAAAAAAGACCCGCCAGCGCGAAGGAAGACAACCAAUGGAAAAGGACAAGCAGGAUCGAUGACCUUGCUGACACACUUGAUGCUGGUGCGCUGCGAGAGAUCCUUGAUAGGGAUAAGCGGCGCCAGGAGAAGAAGGCUAGGGCUGAUCAGGAGCGUUUGCGUCGUCGACUGGAACGACGUGCAGAGAAGCAGAAUGCCGCCCCAGGAGGUACUCCACCAGUGCCUGCGCGGAGUGACGCUGUUGGAGCAGUUGGCCUUGGUAUUGAGAAAGAAACAGCAGUGCCCAAGCCAGAAUCUGUACAGGAGGCUGCUGUACCAAUGGAGGACGUACGUCCACCAACACCUUCAACACCGCCAUGGCUUCGACCGCUCACACCGCCGCCCAUGCAUCGACUUCAGACUACUAUACCAGCUAGUCCUGAUAAUGAUCAGUUGCCGACUCCCAUAGAAACGCCAAUGGAGGACAUGAUCAUUUCAGAUGCUCAGGCUGUUCGCUACUCUCGAGGCAGCAUUGCUAGUCCUGUACAUACCCGUGGACCAUCGAAUGUUUCCAUGAUGCCGGAGCUGCUCUCUGAGAAGUUGGCCGAAGAGUCGCCUUUCGAAUCCGUCGAGCCACACUACGAUCCGACAAGGAGCGGCUCGUUACAUCCAAUCGAUACUAUCGACACCACAACAUCCAACAAAGGCUCUAGUUUCCGCCGACGCAGCUCAGACGGGCGACGGAUGAGUGCGUUUGCGUCCUUCUUCAGACGAAGCAAGCGAAGCUCCCAAGAACCGGGACGUACCACUCCGUCAGAGGCUUCUUUCUCCAACACAUCGCGCGAGUCCAUGUCUCGACAACCUAUUCCAGCUCAUCUGAUCGCUACUGUCUCAAGUGCCCCCAUCCAGAUCAAAAGGCCCUCGAGCGUUCCUCGCCGCACAAUGUCCAAGUUCAGAGAGGAUUUGCCCGAAUUUCCCAUCUCUCCACCCGAUUCCCGUGUAGCUUCUCCAGAAGUGCCUUCAACCAGUGCCAUUGCUGCACGUCGUCGAACUCACAACCCAGAAAAUCUCCGCGUGGGUUCACUAGGGAUGGCAGCCAAUGCUCGUUCAGACUCUCCUGUUAGCCCGGGCCUAGCACUCGGCAACAAGAUGUCACAGUCGCUUGCCUCGGUGGACUCAGAGGGAUCAUGGCUGUCUGGCAGGCCUGUCAAGCGUAUUUCCAAUAAGUCAAUGAUGCGGUCCAGCAUUGCCUCGUCGGCUGUUCAGCAGAAUCCCGAGUUCAACAAUUCGUUUGAAGAGCUGGGAAUGACAGAUGACGAGUAUUUCAAAAGAUUAACGCCUCAGCCGGAGGAACUACGCCGUUCAAAUCUCUCGAGUGAACUCCUCGGCCGGAAAGCCAGCAGCACUGCCAUGGCCACGCUCGACGCGGCUGCCGAAUCCGAGGAAGAAGAAGACCUAACUCCAUCUGUACGUAGGUCACAAGACAGCGAGCAUGUCCAGGCCGGCCUUGCCCGACAUCCUACUGUCAUCCACCGGAAUGUCCGAGUAAAGUCUGCAGAAGGCUUGCUCACCAUGUUCGAUGCGGAUGCGCCAACGCCCGACGAAAGCGGCAGGAGACAUAACAUGGAGCCAGACUCGCCACAGUCCGACGAUUCGGGAGAGCAGGCCACAGUACAACGUGCGAAAAGCGUGGAUUUUGGUAAACACCACGUGCGGCACCUCAGUGCCGGCUCGGCCAAGCUUUUGGACAUCCAAAAGCGAUCGAGCGCAGCCUCACCCAGCAGAUUGUCCCAGCACGAGUAG